GAGUUGCUUGUUUCCGUCGACCUGAGUUUCUUAGGGUUCAUUUCCAAUUAAGCAAUGAAAAUACUUGCCAACGGAAUUAAUUGGUCGCUCUAAUCUAUUUUUUUCCACCCUUGCCAAUUUCUUCCACCUGCACCCAGUUGUCUUCAGCAUGGGGGAGCAGAACCACUCUCCCAGGAAGGAGCUUCAGCACAGGACACGAGCAGAGGCUCCAGGAAAGAAAAGCUGGCACUCCCAGGCCUAUGCCCUUGGGGCUGUUUCCAACUCUAUGUCUACUUUUCUGACCUUUCCUAUCUAUAAGGUUGUGUUCCGGCAACAGAUCCAUGCCAUGGCAGUGUCAGAGGCUAUGAGACAGCUUUGGCACGAAGGUCCUCAAUACUUCUACCGGGGAAUCUACCGUCCUCUUCUGUCCAAGACGUUGCAAGGGACUCUUCUUUUUGGGACUUAUGAUGGCCUGCUGUGCUUUCUCUCUCCUCUUGGGCCAUACACCCUGGGAUGCCACUGGGCUGCAGGGAUCAUGUCUGGCCUGGUGGAGGCUGUGGCACUCAGCCCCUUUGAAAGGGUGCAAAAUGUGCUCCAGGAUGGUCGCAAGCAAGCUCGCUUCCCCAGCACCUUCAGCAUUCUUGAGGAAUUCAAUUCUUAUGGGCUUUGGGGGCGGCUGUCACGGGGCUACUACCAUGGUUUCUGGCCUGUCCUGGCCAGGAACAGCCUGGGGAGCACUCUAUAUUUUUCUUUCAAGGACCCCAUGCAGGAUGGCCUGGCAGAGCAAGGCCUGGCCCGUUGGGUUCCUGCCUUGGUGUCUGGUAGUGUCAAUGAAACAAUCACCUGCCUAGUUCUGUAUCCUCUGAUUGUGCUGGUUGCUAAUAUGCAGUCCCAUAUGGGAUGGCAGAGCAUGCCAAGCCUGUGGGGCUCUGCCCAGGAUGUGUGGAACACUUGGGGCCAAAAGCUGCUCCUGAGCUACCGUGGAUGCUCCCUGGUCAUCCUAAGGUCGAGUGUGACAUGGGGCCUCACUACGGCAAUCCAGGACUUCCUGCAGAGGAAGUCACACUCCAGGAAAGAGCUGAAGACUGACUAGCUGCAGAAAGUGUGGCCAUGCCACCUUUGUUAUUCUAAAUCUUCCCUGAUUGGUUCUAUAUAGCUUAUUUCUUUGGCUCGGUUGCCUAAUACAGCCAUUUUUUAGCAUCUGUAAACUCAUUGCAUGGGAGAAGUUCCCACCUACCAACCUGUUGAGCAAGGACAAAGCCCAAAAGUAUUCCUUAGUCAAAAAGAAACGUUCGCCCCAGUCUCUCCACAGCUUCAGUAGCCUCAGAGCCAGGAGGCCUUUAAAUAACGUGUAACCCAGAUUAAGUGUCAUUCCUUUAAGGAAUUCCUUGGCAAUAAG